UUCACCACUUCCAUAUUAGGCCUCUAUAACAAGGUAAAUGAUUUUAAAAAAGCAUCGGGAGCUGUUCUUCCAGGAGAGGUGCUGAAAUGUUUGGACAAAAACUCCUGAAUGAAUGAAAAAUCCAGGAUGGGAUUUUCUGUGGGACUCCCCCGUCUUCAUCUGUCUCUGUCUCUCCCUGCCUCCCCCCUUCAUACACAUUCACUCACACACAUACUUACACACACACAAACACACACCCGCACACUGGCCGCCCCUCGGCUUCAGCCUGCAGAGUUUUCCGUCCAGUGUCAGAGAAGGACCGAGGACCACCUGUCGGUUUCGGACCGGACUAAAUGGAAACUCUCACUUAUCGAGAUGACACCGGACUUCACGAGAAACUGCUCAAACCCGAGAAGUACCGGGAAUCGGAGAGGACGGACACCGAGUCCAACUAUGUGGACCUGGACAUGAGACCGGACGGACCCAGGACUGUGAAAGUGACUUUCACCGGCGACGGGAACCAGCUGUCCGUCAGUAAAAGCGACGCGUCGAAGCAGGAGGACAGAAAAGCCGCCUCAGAUGAGGACAAAAAGCAGCAGGAGGAGGACACCGUCCUCAUCGGGUCUCUGUUGGACUCUCUCACCAAACUUCCCGACCCGGACUCGGACACCGAGCAACGGGUCGAGCCGGACUCCAGUGAGCACACCGACGCCUGUAGCGACAGCGACGAGCUCAGAUACACGGACAUGUGCUUGAACAGCAAGGCGGAGUCCGACGAUGGAACCAGCGCCGCCGAGCUGUCCGACCCCUCGGACUCGGUGGAGGACGAGUCCCACUACAUCACCACGCACGAGAUCCAGCUCACAGAGCUCGACCACGACGUGGACUACGACCUGGGCCGCGGCACCCGCUGGGAAUUCGAGGACGGCAACCUGGUCUACUCAUUUGUGGACUACGCUUCCUUUGAGAGCGACGACCCCCGGGAGGUAGGGGAGGCGGAGGAGCGCGUCCGGACCCUGGAGGAGGACAGGAGGAGCCAAGCGAAGGCGCAGGCGAAUCUCGGCGGGGCGGCUGUCAGCACCGACCAGGAGGAGAGCGAUCUGUGCAGCUCGGAUGAAAGCCUGUGCAGGACCCAAACCGAGAACCCCGCGGGGGGGAUCCACCUAUCGAUCCAGACCUCCUCCAGGGCGGUGAACGACGCCGGCGGCACCUGUUGGUACGCGAAACACCUCGCUGACAGGAGCCACUUCGUGAGCUCUGGCGCCAGAGCCGGGCCCCUGUGCGACAGGGCUCCAUAUUUCAUCCCUGCUCCGGGCCGUCAGCACCUCGCCACCAAACUGAGAAGGAAAGAUAUUAAUGAGUAUUCCAGCGGUGCGUCCAGCUCCAUCAGCGAGCUGGACGACGCUGAUAAAGAGGUGCGUAACCUAACCGCCAAGUCGUUCCGGAGCUUGGCAUGCCCCUACUUUGAUGCCAUCAAUCUUAGCACUUCCAGCGAGUCCUCAGUGACAGAGUAUGGGCUAAAUAAGUGGUCCGCCUACGUCGAGCGCGGCGUAAUUGCGCACAAAACCUCCAGCGCCACGUUGGAAAUGAGCAAAACUGUGGAUGGCAGGGAGGCUGCCGGGGGGAAAAAUGCGCAAAGCAGAGUUUACUCUCUGAACAACACAGUCAACUCGCAGCAAGCGGCACCUUCUGGUAAAAAGAGCCAACCGAGGGAGCAGCCCGCGCAGCGCGGAGUCACGUUGAGCUUUCACUGCACGGGUGCCAAAUGUGACCAGACAGGAAGACCGGGUCAGGUCAGAGGGGCUGUGCUGGCCAGCUCUGCCUGCGAGGUGCAGUGCCACCACACAGACGGCGCGGGGGACUCGCACAAAAGGGCGAUUUUUGCCUCCAGUCUGUUAAAAAACGUCAUCUCCAAAAAGAUGCAGUUUGAGCAGGAGCGCAAAAUGGAGCGGGGGGAAAUCCGCGACUCCCACCCAUCUGCGUCGCCCACGUUUAGCAUGAAAGAUCAGGAAAAGAGUCCGAGUAAAGGCCUGCAGAGACAAACCUCCGACUCAGCUGAUGAGCAGAACCCAGAGGGAGGCAGAUCCAGCUCCUGUGCAGAAGAGAAAACCACCAAAGAGUCAGAGAUUGUCCAAAGUGGUGCGUUAGACUCAGUAAAAGAAGACAAGCCUGAGAAGGAGGCUGAGCCUGAGUCACAAACCACAUCCAAAGAAAGAUURGACAGUACUAGCGUGCUGACAAAACUCCUCUUUGUUCCCAGCUGGCAGCUUCUGUCUAAAGACAGGAACUUUACAGACACGACACAAACACACACAGYGGACACAGAUGCACCUAAAAACACAAUGCAGGCCAAAGAAGAGAAGAGAGGCAAAACGCCUGAGAUCAAAUUCUGUCUGAGAAASAUAAAAGAAAAUAAGAGUGGCACGUUGAAUAUUGCUAAUCUCUUAACCCCUAAAAUAAGUUAUGACAUCAACAAGUUCAGAGCAGCAGAGGAGAGCAAAUAUGUUUUUUCUGCAGUGGAGAAGGUCCCAAACUUCACUGUCAGAGACAUCAGAGACACAAAAUGCAAGUUUCAAACCCCAAUCUAUCACGUUAGGGAUGUGCGGAAGUUAGUCAAAAGCUCGUAUCGAUUUGUUUCUUUGGAUAACCGUGAGCGCAGAUGUUCCACGGCGGCUGAAAAACUGGAGGAGAAAGUUAAAGUGGAGCCGGUGAAACAUUCCUUACCGUCCCCCAUGGUGAUUAAAUGCAAUUCUGUUAAAACAAAUGUUAAAUCCCAGCUGACAGAGGUGGACGCACCGUCUGAAACAUCCCAGAGUGAAAACACGGCUUCGUUUURUGCCACCGGCAGAACAAAGCAGGGAGUCCCUGACCAGUCCGAGAUGCAAACAAAUCUCGAGACCAAACUGGGAAAACAGUGGCAGGACAAGAGGAGUGACGCUGCCGUGCCAAAGCAGGACGCGCUGGAGAAAAUCAAGGCUGCGGUCAAGACGAUGGAGCAGCUCUAUGUUUUCGACAGGAAUGAAUGGAAGCGUAAAACCCAGGCCUCUCACCCUGUCUCAGACAGCCAUGUUUUGUCACUUCUCGAGCAGAGACCUCAGUCUUUGAUGGAUACCACCGUGAACACUGACGAAGAGAAACGAGCGCUGAAUAUCAUCCGCGUUCCAUUCAACAGUGACACGUUUAAAACACAAACACCGCAAAGUUUCACCAACAAAAGCGUCCUCCACUUCAGCAACAACAGAAGCCGUGAAAACAUUAAAUCAGACAGCGAUCCUGUUCCUCACAGCCCCAAGGCCUCAGUGCCGCCGCUCUCAGUGAAAAUAGAGCCGCCGCCAAAACAAGAGCCAGAAAAGAUCCAAACUGCUUCCACCACUAAAGUCACACAAGCCUGYCCAGACUCUGAGAACUAUCUAACAAUACCAGGACUGGGGUCAUCAAACGAGCCCAAGCUGCUGAGUCAGGAGCCAGUUCCCAGUGAGCAGAAGAGGUCUCCUUUAAUCAUGGAGUACCCAGCUGCAACCAUUUAUCACCACCAUCCAGCAGCAGCAACAAGUCCUCACAAACAGCAGCAGGUGUUGUGCUUCUCUCCCUCUGCCCCCAACGUGUCGCCCACCCCGUCUACAGGGGACAUGGUCCCGCAAACCCAGCGCAAGAUGCUCCUGGAUCCCACAACUGGACAUUAUUACUUGCUGGACACUCCCAUACAGGCCACCACCAAGAGACUCUUYGACCCGGAGACGGGCCAGUAUGUGGAUGUGCCCAUUCCUCAUUCACCUGCAGCUCCUGUCACACCGGUGCCCCUCUCUCUGUCCCCCUUGGCUCUCAGCCCAGGAGCAUACGCCCCCACCUACAUGAUCUACCCCGGGUUCAUCCCCUCGCCCACUUUGGCGGCGCAGGCAGUGAUGCCACGGUCGCCGUGCCACUUUGAGGAUGUAGCAGCAGCAGCAACGGCUGGGGAAAGCGCAAAGCUGAAGAGCAGCGAGAAGGCGUAUUACAGCACCGCAGAUGAAGCUCCUCAGGGGGCGGCGCUUCACCUGCCUCUCAGUUUAGGACACGUGACCAGUGGAGCGAGCUCUGACAGAAAGGCACAUAUCAGCAUCACCACGCAGCAGGGUCCAAGAAUCAUCGCCCCGCCCUCUUUUGAUGGGAAAACAAUGAGCUUUGUAGUCGAGCACCGGUGACCAAGAGAAAUUGUCUUCACAAAAAAAAUCUCUCUGCUGAGGAAUCUGCCUUCGCUCAGUGUAAGUGCAGUUUUUGCCCCCUGUGAUCCACUCGGAGAACUUCCACCGUCACCUUUGACUCGUCUUUUUGUUCUGUUGUUUAUUCUCGUUUUUUUGUAUGCAUUGCAGCACUUUGUAGACUUAAAAUAUUCUGUCAUGCCCUUUGGUUUGGCUGUUUUGAUAGAAAUUGGCUUUUACUUUCCAUUCAGGUGUCGUUUAAAGCUAUGAUCCCAGUUUUAAUUACUGCUUGUGCCCUGCAGUUUAUUCACAAAGGAAACAAGGCAGUUGUGUUAAAAUAAAGUUUUAUUUAUUUUUGUCCCAAACUUACAUUUUAAUAACAGUUCUAUGCAUUUAAGGUGAGACUGUGUAAUGUUUGCAAAAGGAAAUAAGGCAUCUUUUGCUAAUACAAAAGAAAUAUGAGUGUAUGCGAAAUAAAAUGUGGCAUUUUUAAAAUCA